AGAGAGGGUGGGGUGGGGGUGGGGGGUGUAAAGGAGCCCCAGGACACCACACCAUGGCAGGAGGAGGAGGAGGAGGCGGCGGAGGAGGAGGAGAUGACCAGACGGUCCAGGACCACCAGCCCAGGAAACCCUUCCUGAUCGGGGUCGGAGGGGGCACCGCCAGCGGGAAAUCCUCAGUUUGUACAAAAAUUGUCCAGCUGCUUGGUCAGAACGAGAUCGACCGUCAGCAGCGCCAAGUGGUCAUUGUGAGCCAGGACAGUUUUUAUCGGGUACUCACAGCCGAGCAAAAAGGAAAAGCCAUCAAGGGCCAGUUUAACUUUGAUCACCCAGAUGCCUUUGAUAAUGCAUUAAUACUGCAUACCCUGCAGGAUAUUGUUGAGGGCAAAAUUGUUGAGAUCCCAGUCUACGACUUUGUUUCCCAUUCUAGGACAACCCAACCAAUAAAGCAAAGAAUGACGGACACUAUUGCAAGGUCAGACAAUUGCAAGAGAUAUUUGGAGAAAAGCUCAUUGAAAUGGGCAGAGCUGAGUUCUAGGAAGUCUGAGACCGUGACUGUGUACCCAGCUGACGUGGUGUUGUUUGAAGGCAUCUUGGCAUUUUACAUGCAAGAAAUCCGGGACAUGUUCCAGAUGAAGCUGUUUGUGGACACUGAUUCAGACACCAGGCUAUCACGCAGAGUUUUGAGAGACAUCAGUGAAAGACAACGGGACCUGGAACAGGUUUUAACACAGUAUAUAACAUUUGUCAAGCCAGCAUUUGAAGAGUUCUGCCUACCCACAAAGAAAUACGCAGAUGUCAUCAUUCCAAGAGGAGUGGAUAACUUGGUUGCCAUAAACUUGAUAGUGCAGCACAUUCAGGACAUCCUAAAUGGUGGCCAAAGCAAGCGUCAGAAUGGCUACAGAUCACUUUACAAAACAGACUGUUUGGAUUCCAACAGCAGGCCACACUGAUCAGCGGCAGAGCAGGAAAAACCCUCUUGGAUUUCAGCACUGACGUUUUAUCAUAUACAGACAGCUGUUCAACAAAGAAACCAGGACACACUCUUUAAGAUUCUUUACAAAUAAUUCCAUUUUCUGUGAAAUGUACUAUGAAUACUAUUUUCAUUAGUAUAAUUCUAUGAAAUCACUGUGGAGCUUCAGUUUCUGUAACUGGGGACAAAAUGGAUUUUCAUCGGAACUAUUAUUUGCCAAUCGCCAUAAGCUUGAAUAUUAAUGAUGUCCUGGCAUUUGGUAACCUGCAAGGUUAUUGUUAUUAAUGGUGUGCAGUUUUCCCCUCUGGCAGCUCUGCAUCUCUAUAAAAGAAAUGAGAUGUGUCAAAUGGAAAGGGUUGGGUGUAAUUUAGCAAAGCAAGCAAGGGUGGUUAAUCCAGUACUGUUCUGUCAGCCCUUUGUAGAAUAGCUUGGUUUGAGAAUUGAAGGUGACGAAAUGAAACGGUGUAUUGUGACGUAGAGCACAGAAGUCUGGAUUAUUUGUACCUGUGCAGCAAUUUUAAAGAGACAUUGGCUGGAGCUGCAUCCGUUUCAAGUCAACGGGGUUAGAAUUCCACCCAUUCUGAAUUUAAUAGCUUUAUAUUCUAACUUUUUUUCAUACUAAGAGACUGAUUAGGAAGUAUAGACUUCCUGUAUUGCUUUUUGGGAUGAGGGUGUUUGCAAUUCAUCUCCUUUUUCCUAAGUGUAGGAAACUGUUGUGGUUAGGAAAAGGAGUUAUGGAUCUUGUGAUGAUUAUAUCUGUAGUCGGGUAAUCUUACUUGACUGCAAAGUGAAAUGGGGAGAGGAGGUGUCUUGAAUGAGUUGCUCAAGCUAAGCCUCCAAUGGUAAGGAACUCAAUACAUUGGAAAGGUUAAACCAAAACAGUAUUUGUGAAAAAUGGGUAAUUCCGCAAAUGGAUUUAUCUGGACUAAAGUGCAGUCCAUUUUCAUUUGAUUUCUAGAUGGGUGUUAUCAGUAAAAAUGUAAUUUGACAAAUGUGCACAAUUUGAAUAGAAAUUAUUACUAACAAUUUCAGGUCAUUGCCUUAUGUUCAAAUCCAGCCACUGAUCCUUAAAUGUAUCAGGCGUUGAUCAAGCUACAGAAAAAGGGAGGGGAGCAGGGAGAAGAGAGAGAGAGGUGGGGGGAAAACUUCUAACUUCAAUAGGGGAGCAAUAACUAGUUUCAAUAGCUACUAAAUUGAAUGGGGAUCUUGAAUUUAAAUUUUCUAAAUGGUGCCUAAUACUGUAGUUCCUUUGGUGCAUUCAGGUCAGCAAUUUGCGAGCCAAGCUCAUAUUUCAGAAUUUGGUCAUCUAUACUGGCAAUCAAACUGCUACCUAAAUUCAAAGCUUCUAAAUAAAAAAUAGGAAUGAGAAUAAUAUGUACCACUGAUAAUCUAUCCAGUCAGCAUAUAGUAACGUGUAAGAGCUACCUGCUAGUAACAUAGGCCAGUUUCCUUACUCCAUAAGCCUCGGUUUACCUAGCAGUAAGUAGG